CACUAAAAUGUUUGUUCCAAGCAAAAGCAGUACUGAUAGUAUUUCUCAAGCUUAUCUCUCAGAAUUCAGAUUGAGAUUUCAGUCAAUUAUCUGUUGAAUUCACCCGCAAACAAGGAGCAAAAACAAUGGAUUCUUUGAGAAGGCAAGCCAGUAAAUUUCGAGAUCAAGUCGCUAAACAGCAACAGGCUGUAAUAAAGCACAUAGGUGGAACUGGCUAUGAGAGCUCAGAUGUAAUGGUCAUUGACGAAGUUGAGAUGCAAAGACAUCAACAACUUGAUAAGUUGUACAAAGUAACUCGGUCAGGAAGGGAUUUCCAAAAAGAGAUUGUCAAAGCUGCAGAAACAUUUGCCACAAUUGGCUAUAGAAAGAUUGAAGCAGGUACUAAGCUGUCUGAGGAAUGUUGCAAAUAUGGUGCUGAGAAUACGGAAGACAACAUCUUGGCUAAGGCUGCGUCAAUUUAUGGUGAUGCUCGUAAACAUGCUGAGAAGGAGCAAGAAGAUCUGAAUAGACUGCUAUUGUCUCAGGUAUUGGAUCCCUUAAGGCAAAUGAGUACUGGUGCUCCUCUAGAGGAUGCUCGUCAUCUGGCACAACGUUACAGUCGUAUGAGACAGGAAGCAGAAACACAGGCAGCUGAGGUUAAUCGAAGACGGGCACGUGUUAGGGAGGCUCCGACUCAUGAAAAUUCAGCGAAAUUACAAGCAGCAGAAGCUAAAAUGCAGGAGUUGAAAUCUAACAUGGCAGUUUUAGGCAAAGAAGCAGCUGGUGCUUUAUCUGCUGUUGAAUCACAGCAGCAAAGACUAACAUUUCAGAGGCUUGUAGCUCUGGUUGAAGCGGAAAAAAAUUACCAUUUGAGAGUUGCGACCAUUCUUAACGAGGUUGAAGCUGAGAUGGUGUCCGAGAAGCAACAAAAAGAAGCAGCUCCUCCUAUCCUCUCAAUCGAGAACAAUUCAGAGAAGAAAAUGUAUUGCUUAGCCGAAGCGAUCCAUCCGUUUAAUGCUGAAUCAGAGAAAGAGCUGUGUCUUGCAGUUGGCGACUAUGUUGUUGUUCGCAAGGUAAGCCCGUCUGGCUGGUCGGAAGGAGAAUGCAAGGGCAAGGCAGGUUGGUUUCCAAGUGCUUAUGUUGAGAAUCGUCAGAGGAUUCCGGCAAGGAAUGCUGUUGCCGAGGCUUACUAGACAUGAACGAUCAGCUUCCCUCCUGCAUUUCGGUUUACUCUGAACUAUGCCCAGACAUCGUCGAAUACAAGAAAAAGCGAAUUUACUCACGUCUACAAAAGGCACAAGCUAUAAGUUAUUUUGCUUCAUGUACAUGAACUAUGUUUGUCGUUUGAGUGUAUCUUUUUGAUGUGUUCUUAAAAAGUUAUUUGCAAUUCUAAAAUCUUUUCUUAUA